GUUCCUUCUUUCCACUGUUUUCACUCUCCUCUUUUUUCUUCUGGAAACGUUUUUUACAUGGGUUUCCAUUUCAAGAAGAACAGAGGUCAAUUCGCUUAAAGACGCACGACCACGUGCUCUCCUCACCACUUCUUCCUUAUCUGCUGUUCUCUCAUUUUCUCUCUUUCUUCGCUUCUCUUUCUUCUUUCUCCCUUCUUUUCGUCCUCGGUCUGUUUGUGGUUCGCGCUGCUGUCUCAAGAAGCCUUCGCCGCGAGUCUGCGAAACUGGAAUCGAGCAAGCCAGCAGCUUGCUUCGAGUGUCUCUUCUCGCUCCUCUCUCUACUCCUCUUUUUUGGCCCUCGUUUUUCUCUUACACUCUUCCCGCGUUUCUCUGUCUUGAGUUUCCACGUCGUCUAACCUCUGCAAAGGGCCGCUGCCGUCGCUCGAAGAAAAACGAGGACUGUCCGUUUCUUCCGUGGAAAAGGGGAUUUGUUAGGGAAGACAUCUGUCUCUGUCAAAGCGUGCUUUUUCAUCUCCCACAGGCCUACAGAGGGGGGAAGGACGAGACAAGUGGUGACAAAACGAGCGAGGGUGUUUCUACGCCCAACUCUUCCAUCUUUUUUAAACGAAAGGGUUUCUCUUCUCGCCCAUGACUUCUCCUGUUCUUUCUCCCGCGCUCUCCGUCAACGCAAAAAAGCUUCAGUUUUGCCGCUCACAUCUUCCUGCCUGAUCUCUGGUGUCGCGUGUCCGCGUUCCUUUCCCAGGGAUGGUUUCACAGCGUCUCUUUCGCCCUCUGAUGCUCCUCAGUUGCCCAGCGUCUCGCUUCCUCUGGGAGAAAUAAGGCCUCCUUCUGCCUCUCCUGAGAGUCCCCCGCGUGGUUGCUUGCUUGAUUUGAGGGGACAAAAUGUCGACAGUGGCGAGACGCCGAAUCGUCCAAGACAUUUCGCGAGUCACGCGCGACCCUCCCCACGGUGUUCGCGCGUCGCCUUUUGCGGACAGCAUGAUGCAUUGCCAUGCGAUCAUCCACGGCCCAGAAGACACGAUGUGGGAGUGCGGGACGUUUCACUUGAUUAUCACAUUCACGGAAGACUAUCCGGCUUUUCCGCCGAAGGUGCGUUUUCUGUCGCGGCUCUUCCACCCGAACGUCUACGCGGAUGGACGCAUCUGCAUCGACAUCUUGCAGAAUCAGUGGAGUGCCAUGUACGACAUUGCCGCCGUUCUGACAAGUAUUCAGAGUCUGUUGAGUGACCCGAACCCACAGUCGCCUGCAAAUCCUCAAGCGGCAAAGAUAUUCGUUGAAAACCGAGAGGAGUACGACCGUCUCGUCCUUCAAUGCGUGGAGGACAGCUGGUCGGUGCCAGCGCUGCCUGCGGGUAUUUUGAACGGCGAUCGCUGAGAGUUUUUUUCGGCAAGAAAAGGCGCGUUUUGGAGACGCGUUCGGAGUGUUUCGUUUGCUUUCCUUUUCCUUCAAAAC